AGAUGACGUCAAUGAUGGAGGGAUGUAAUGGUAUGUUGUGAUACUUUCCAUUUUCGGAUUUCUGAUAUAAUUGCUAAGAAGCGUAAUGGAUUACCGCUAUCAUCACAGGAGAUCAGACAUGUGGUGAAAGAGACGAUGAGAGGCCAGGUUCAGGACAGUCAACUGGGUAAUCAAAGUGCACUUCUUAUGGCAAUCCGGCUGUGCGGAAUGAACCCAGAAGAGACCAUGACCCUGACCAAGGAAAUGGUAGCUUCAGGAUGUGUCUUGACAUGGCCAGAGGAGUGGCAUGGGCUGUUGGUGGACAAACAUUCUACAGGAGGGGUUGGAGACAAAGUGAGCCUGCCUCUGGCACCAGCACUUGCUGCCUGUGGAUGCAAGGUUCCAAUGAUCAGUGGACGAGGACUGGGACAUACUGGUGGAACGUUGGAUAAAUUAGAAUCAGUUCUAGGGUUUAGCAGCAAUCAGAGCCCUGAGCAGAUGUUAGAAAUCCUUCGCUCUGUUGGCUGUUGUAUUGUUGGCCAGUCUGCAAAUCUUGUCCCAGCUGAUAAGAUACUCUAUGAGAUGCGGGAUGUUACAGCGACAGUGGACAGUCUGCCUCUGAUCACAGCUUCAGUGAUGAGCAAAAAGGUAGCUGAAAGCCUUUCUGCACUGAUCCUUGAUGUCAAGUUUGGUGAAGCAGCUCAAAGUCCAACCAUAGAAGAUGCAAGAAGACUGGCACAUAGUCUUGUGACUGUAGGAGUCUCUCUGGGAAUCCCUACAAUUGCUCUAAUAACUAAUAUGGAUAAUCCUAUUGGUAAUUGCAUUGGAAACAGUUUGGAAGUUAUUGAAGCACUGAAAUGUCUGGAAGGAGAAGGGCCAGAAGAUCUCAGGGAACUUGUCACUCGCACAGGUGGAUAUCUCCUCUGUCUUUGUGGUCAGGCUGUAUCAGAAUCACAAGGUGCAGAGAAAAUUGCCAAGGUGUUAGAUGAUGGAUCUGCCUUACAGUGUUUCCAAAAGAUGAUGGAAGCUCAAGGGGUGCAGCCUGACAUAGCAAGAAGUCUUAACUCCAACAGCAAUUUGGGAAAAGCAUCUCACAUAGAAGAGUUGGUAGUCCAGACAACAGGCACAGUGGAGCUGAUCCGGGCCAGACCCAUUGCUGAAAUCCUAAAUGCACUUGGAGCUGGCAGGAAAAAAGCAACAGAUGUAAUUAACCACAGAAUUGGAGCAGAGCUCUUGGUGAGAGUGGGGCAGCAUGUGAAGAAAGGGUCUCCCUGGAUCAGGAUUCAUUAUGAGAAGCCUCUUCUCCAUGACACACAGAGAGAGGCCCUCCAGAAUGCCCUCUGCAUCACAGACCAGCCUGCUUUUACACCACCAUCUUUAAUCAAGGAUAUCAUUAUUUAUGAUGACAAGAAAGAAGAGCAUGACACCACAAUGCAUAGAGAGGAAGCAUUUAACUGAGCCAAGUGUAUCCUUU